GACCACAUCGAGUCGAGACAGGACGAGCCAUCGUCAGGUUAGUCGAUCGGUCACCUUCCUUGCGUGAAACAUGGCUGCUCGAAGGAUCGCAAAGUCCUCCGUCGACUGGGCCGCCUUCGCCGAACGCAUCCCGUCGAACCAGAAGCAAUCCUUCCAGGCCUUCAAGGCGAAGUCCGAUGGCUACCUUCGCAGGGUCCUGAGCAUGCCCGAGAACCCGCCUCCGAUCGACUUCGCCAUGUACCGGUCCCGCUUGGCGAACCCUGCUCUCGUAGAAAAGUUCGAAAAGUCGUACAAGGCCUUCAGCGUGCCUUUCCCGAAGGAGCACCUGACGGCCAAGAUUGAUGCUCAGGAGCAGGCUGCGAAAGAAGAGGCUGCAGCUUUCAUUUCGGAGUCAAAAAGCCGAAUUGAAGAGUACAAGAAAGAGCUGGCAAGGUUCGAGGCCAUGAUCCCGGCAUUGCACAUGACCAUGGAGGACUUAUACGACUACUUCCCCGACCAGAGGAUUGACGUCGACAACCCGACGUACUGGCCUCACGACGGCAGCGCCGACGCUGACGACAGUCUGGACUACGCGGACCAGGGCGACGACCACUAGACCACUCCAACUUGCGUGCCGCAGUCAUCGCGGACACGUGGUUCACUUAGUGCGUCUUUGUCGUGCUUAGCGACUGUGAGCCGAGCGUUUGGGAAAGAUUGAAUUAAAGAGGUUUACACUAGUA